AUGGAUGAACUCGAUAAUGCAUUGUUCGGACGAUCAACUGGAUCAAAACCGAAACCGUCCUUAGGAAAUAUCGACUCGCUCUUAGGAGAGACCAAAAAAGCUCCAACUAAAAGUACCCUGGACGAUCUCUUCACUGACACAACCAGUGAACAAAAGCCUGCUCCCACAUCGUCCUCACCUGCAACUACUAUCCAACGACCUUCUCGUCAUGUAGUCGGAACCACUACAUUAGGAAGCCUUCUUGGACCACCACGAACUGAAAAGGAGCCGAAACCUUCUACUGCCUCAACUAUAGCACCAGUUCCGGCUGCUACGCCACCUCCUCAAUCCAUUAGCUCAUUCUCAGAAGAUAGCUUGCGAACAAAAAGAUUAGAAAAUGAAGUUGAACGAUUGAAUCGAGAAAUCGAUGAAUUAAAAAUCCGAAAGAGGGAAGAUGAGCAGGAUAUUGAAAGACUUUGGAAAGAUAAACUGUCUAAAAGAAACCUGGAUCAUCAACAAGACCUCAAUGAUAUUAGGACGAAUCACGAGAAGCACAUCUCAAAACUGGAACAAGAGCAUUCUGAGGAGUUGCAAAGACUAAAGACUACAUAUCAACGACAGCUGGACACCAUACAGCAAUCGGCUAUGCAAUGGAAAGAUGUUAGUACGGUGGUGGACAAGGUUGACAUGCUUUCAUCUACCAUACAUCAGUUAACAGACAAUGUGACUACUGUAGCAGAUCAUUCAUUGACAGAAAAGGAGAACGCAUUACGAAUUCGAGAACAACAGCUGGAGAAUAGAGAGCAAAGGCCAAACAUAGUAAAAGACUGCAUGUUAAGGUUAAUCGAGGAGAAGAAUCAAUUCAACGAUGAGCGCAAGAAAGUUCACGAGUUAAAUUCGAAGUUAAACGAACUAUGCAAAGGUCAAGAGACGGCAAUGGAACAGGAAAAAUACCGCGUACGAGAAGAGUGGAAUCGCUUGAAUGCCGAGAAGUUAGUAUUCAAAGAAGAUCAAAGAUUCAUUUUGGAUAGCAUAGAAAAGCAGAAGAUGGUACUGGAGAAAUCGAAGGUAUUCACUGAAACGAUUUUUUUUCGUUAA